AUGCAGGAGGUGGCGAAGAAACGGCCGAUAAUCUCUGCAAGAGAAAGAGGCCCGGGCCCUGGACGCUACGCUCUGCCCCCUACAGUUGGAUACAUCAACCAUGACUUCACCAAGCCCAGCAGCCCGGCAUACUCCUUUCACAGCCGCAUGAGCAGUGCCAUGGUCUCUGUGGACUCCAGCCCAGGACCAAGGUACCACAUUGACGCCAAGGUCACACGGUUUGGCCGAAUGGAAACCCCCUCCUACUCCAUUCUGGGAAGAGGACGGUGCACAGGGGAAAACAGAGGCCAGGUGUUCCAGACUCCAGGGCCGGGGGCCUACAGCCCAGAGAAGGCUCCACCUCUCAAUGCUCACCACAGACCUCCAUCUUACACCAUCGGCUCUCGCACCAGAUACCGCUCUGUUGAUGCUGUGCCAGCACCCAACAGCUACAGUCUUCCUAAUCUACUGGGCUGCCAGGUCCCCAAUAAACCCUCCAGUGCCAGCUACAGCUUCUCAGGCCGGCUGAAGGUCGGAGCUCCCUCAGAAGACCUCUCCAUGAGUCCUGGACCAGCAAAAUACGAGACCACCAACCCGGACGUUUACCACCAGCGCCAGCCCUCCUUCUCCAUCCAGAGACGGACUAAGAGGCCGAAUUAUCUCUCUACGAUUCCGGGUCCUGGGACGUACAGCCCAGAGAAGUCUCACAUGCAUUUCCCCAGACCGCCGUCCUUCACUCUGGGUGUCAGACACUCAGAGUUUGUCACACCACUGGUGGUGGGUGUAGUUGACUGA